AUGGAGACAAUCGACGAAAUAAGGCAGGAGCUUGAGAAUCAGCGCCGCCGCACCGAAGUAGCAGAAGCCCGCGCGCUCGCCGAACAACGACAACGCGAAGAAGCAGAGGCCCGCGCGACGGAACUGGAGAACAAACAGUCAUCGUCGUCCUUUCUCGACUAUGUUCGCUGGACCGAACAAGUCUUGUUUCAGACAUUUCACGUCAAGCCGGCGUUGAUGCCGCAGAGCCAGAGCCACAGCCAGAGCGAGACCACCGGCACCGCGUCGGCCUGGAAAUCCUACACGGCAACGCGCGUCAACGGCAAAUUCUAUCCCCGGUGUCUGCGCCCGUGGGACUUUCAGACCACCCACUCUUCUCUGUUCACGACGCUCGUCACCGCAUUUGGCGAGGAGAGAGCGUUCCCGGCACUGACUGACAUCCUCGGCGUUAGUCGCGACCUCAGUCCGGGGCCGGUCGACGAGCAAGACCUGCGACCCUUUAUCCGUGCCGCCAUUGAGAAGCCGGCUGCGCGUGUCGUGACGGAGUAUAUCCAGCGGAUGAAAAAAGAUAACGAAAACAACGACAACGAUCGAGAUUUUGUGAAAAUCACCUUUCAAAACAACCCUUACGGGCUCGAUCUUGCCCAGGAAACGGCCCUGGAAGUGGCCCAGGAGGCUACUCAAAAUACACCGUCACCAGAGCCACCAGUCGCCGUACCCCCACCAGCAAAGCGGCGCCGGUCGCCCGUUAAAACAAUCGGCGUGCCUGACCGCUGGUGCGUCGGCCUCGGCCAUGACGGAGGCGCAACACACAUCCUCGUCGGCGAAUACAAGGCCGCGCACAAACUACCGGCCCAGAAGCUUAACACAGUGUUCUCGAAGCCACCGGACGAGGACUUCUUUAUCCAGGCCGUGAAUGGCAAGGGUGUCAACCCGGAAGCAGCUCUAGGCCCGGCUUUAGAUACGCCACCAACUACCAAAGCACGCGCCGCGCCAAUUACAAGUGACGAGCGACAACUGACGCCGGAAGACGUGUAUAUCGCGUGUGUCCUCUGCCAAGCGUACCACUAUAUGAUUACGGCAGGCCUCGAAUUUGGCUACGUGGCCUCAGGCGACGGUUUGGUGUUUCUCCGAGUCCUUGAAGAUGACCCCCAGACGCUUUACUACUUUUGGUCCAUCUUUCCUGUUCCGGCGCCGGUUCUUGGGCAAGCACCGGAAGCGGAUGUUACCGAGGCAGAGAGUACCAGCAUCGCCAUUCGCGAGCCGAACCAGACAGCUCUAUCAUAUCUCGCUAGCCUGUGUAUGCUCGCCAUCAAGUCGCCUGUGCGGCCAAUGUCUUGGAUUGACGCGCGCGAUCUUGAUCUUUCACGGUGGCCCAACCCGUAUAAUAAGGCGCUGCCUCUCACAAUGACGACCGCUCUCUUACCUACGCCUCAAAACCCUCACAGGGACGAUGAGGACGGCAACGGAAAUAGUACCGGGCCAGGACAAAGGGCAAGGGGCGGCACCGGUCGUGGCGGUAAUAGUGGAGAAAAUUCUCACAGCAGCGUAAAGCGGCCGCAUUCCUCGUAUACCUCUGGCGGCAGCGGCGGUGAUGGUACCGGCAGCGGGACUACAAGACGCAAGCACUGGGCCGUUCAGCUACCGACGCUACCCUACUGUACACAAGGCUGCCUUCACAGCCUCCGCACCGGCGCGCCUCUCGAUGGCCUCUGCCCAAACGUGGCGCUGCACCGCGCGGCAAGGCCACCGCAGGCUCAAGGGGACGGCCACCCACUCACCGCCACCGAGUUGUGCGCGGGCAUUGUGGCCCAGCUGGCUCAGAACAUGGACAAGGACUGCCAGUGUCUGGACAAAUGGGGCUUUUUCGGUCGCUGCGGCGUGCUAUUUAAGCUGACCCUUUCCGGCUACGGCUAUACCUUUGUCGCCAAGGGCGUGCAGGCCCCACACCGCCCCAUCUUGGAAGGAGAGGCCGCCGUCUACACAGCCUUGGCAGCCUACCAGGGACGGCUUAUCCCUGUGUUCCUCGGCAUUAGUGACCUCGAGCGACCUAUGCCGUUGCAGAGCCUCGCGCGCAUACCGCACUUAAUGCUGCUCUCCUACGCCGGGCCACCGCUGCCGGCUAACAAGGACUGUGUCACCGAGGCGGCCCGCACAACCGCCGAACUGGAAGCGGCUGGCCUGUGUAAUGAUGACAUACACUUGGGCAACAUGACUUGGAACGAGGAGGUAGGCCGCAUGAUGCUGUUCGACUUUGACCAGGCGCGUAUACGCACAGUUCCGCAGCCGCAGCCGCAGCCGCAGAUGUUGCACUCGUUGAAGCGAGGUUCCAUUGCAUACCGAAGAGAUGAAGGCGAGGGCGGAACGCCCCCAAACUCGAAGCGCAUACGGAUUAUCAGUGCGUAG